UUUUUUGUUUUGUUUUUUUUACACGGCAGAAGGAUUGUCUCACAGAGGAGGAACAGUGAACUCAGCCGAAAGUUGAGUAAGCCGAUAUACAACGAGUCAUUUUUUCACUUUCUCCCAUGACAACGACCCCCCUCAGCUCAUUAAUUAUGGAUCAGCCGAGUUAAUUAAACCUCAACUUAACCUUAGCUAAGAGGGCUAACGUAUCCGGAGAUGAGUGAAGGGGUCAUUUGUGAGUUUAGCUCGUGUUUACUAACAUUUCUUUCUGGAUUUCAACGACGCGAAAUGUAAAUAUAUAAAAUAAUUUARUAUUUGAUGCCACGCAGGUGUUUUUUUUUUUUUUUCCCAGCCAGGGCGUUUACACCUUUUCUUUAUGCUCUAAUUAAUGUCACCUGGAUGAGUUUGAGCCAUCAUGUCAGAUGUUGAAUCCCUCUUAAACCCAUCCAGGGAAGGACGAACUCAACAACAAGAUCAAACAGACCUUCAAGCCUGUUGUGGUUUGCCCAGCAGUCCCUCAACAUGUGUCAACAGUGCUUUCUAUCAUAUCCAAGAGAUGAGGAGGCUGGCGGGAAAUAGGUGUCAACUGCACCAGUUUGGAAAAUAUCACUCAGCUGUUGAUCAGGACAAGCAUUACAGCAAAAAGUUCAGAUUUCAAUCCAGAGACUCAGAUUCAGACUCGGGAAUGUCCACGGAUUUAUAUGUUGAAGGCAUAGCGAUUAGUGUGAGAGACAGGUGUCAAAGAUCCCCACUGCAGAAGAAAGUGAAUGAUGUUCUUAGUGAGGUUAUGCAUCUGAUUGAGCGUUUGGAGGCUGAUCGACAGCACGCCGAGGAGGCUCUGCAGAACGAGAAAAGUAAAAGACACACUUUGGAAAACAAAGUUGACAGCAUUUCACUGUGGAGGCAAACCGAGCACCCUGCUCUCGUUCAGAAAGAGCACGAGGCUUGCAGAAGAGACAUCACAGAGUUGAGGUGGCAGCUUAAACGGGAGAAAAAGAAAAGUGACCAGCUCCAGGAGAAAGUGUCACAUGCUGAGUUGUUGAACCAGCACCUACAGGAAGACAUCAGCUUCACCAGAGAACAACUUCCCCUCAUGAGAGAGAACCUGGACAUCCAGAGAGGCCUCAUAAACCAGAUUCAGGCAGCCAAAGCUGAGGCUGAUGAAGUGUGCUCAAAAACAAAAAGUGAACUUUUCCUGGCUCAGGAGAAGUUAAAAGAGAUGGAGCUUGAUGCCAAAAAGACAAAUAUAUUGUUGGACCAUGAACUGGUGGAGAUGAGAAAUCAUCUGGCAGAGAAAUUAGAAGAUUUAAACUUGUUGAAAAGACUUGAGAUUGAGCUGCUUGCUGACAUAAACGGUGCUGAAGAGACCAUUGCUUCUACUGAAAAGAAGUGCGCAAACACAACUUGGCAAAUACAGGAAAUUGCAAAGCUUGAGAAAACUGAAGAAGAAAAAAUUUCCCAACUGACUCUUAAAAUUGAGGAUGAAAUGCAAAAAAAUGAAAAACUAAAAGAAAAACUUAUCUCAAUUGAAAAAAAUAAACUUACUUGGGAAGAAGACGUUUCCUGCAUAGAGGCGCAGCUCCAAACAAAACGUGCAGCUUUUGCAGCUGUCUGUGAAUCCAACCUGAAGUGGAAACAGAAGGUAGAAGACUGCGAGAAGAAAAUCUGUGAGAGUGAGAAGGCAGCGAAGCAGAUGCGUGUGGAGCAGAAGCAGAUGCUCCAGAAAAUCACUGACAAUGACGAGCAGUGGGAAAAGGCCAGAAAGGAAGUGACCCAAGCUGUAUCCCAGCAUAGUGUCACCAAGGCUAAGCUGGAAGAACAGGAGCAGCUCACCUUCAUGGAAGAACAGAGGGCCAGGACAGAAACAGAAACUUUGAAGAAGGAGCUGACUGGUCAGUUGACCGCCAUGGAAGUGAUAAAGGCUCAGUGUGCAACUGUUGAAGAGGCGCUAAAGAAACAGCAAGAAAGUUCAGAGUUAAUCAACAAACAACUUCAAAAAGAUUUUGAAGAAUCUUAUUCAUUAACACAAGCUUUGGAGGCAAAAGUGAAGAAAAUGAAGGAGCUGACAGAAAAUUUAGAAAAGAUGGAAAGCGAACACAAAGUGACUUUAUUCAACCUGGAAAAGGAGAAAAAGCUGAAAACCGAUCAACUGAAAGCUGCUCAGGAUUUAGACAGUUCCAUUGUAAAGAGAUAUGGCAGAUCUCUGUGUAGGAUCACUGAUCUAAAGAAAAAACUGGGUGCCUCAGAUCAGAUGGAGAAAACAGUUGAAAACAUUCAGGAAAUAAUAUCCAAACUUCAAAAGGAUUUGAAUGUGUUGGAGAGCAAAAACAAAUCAGCUGCUCAAAUAAUGAGCACAUUCCAGUCUGAUAUUAAUAACUGCCAACAACAAACCCAGCGAUUCAUACAGUCACACACUGCUCAUCUUCAAGCAAGAAAAAAGGAAAUGGAAGACACAAAGGAAGAAUUAAAAAAUGCUUUCACUAAGAAUAAACAGCUAGCAAGCGACUACGAAGGUCUUAGGAAGACCCUGCUGGAAGCCAGAGAGGAUGCAGUGUCUGCAUUGACCAAGAAAAACUGCACAGAUGAAACAUAUCAUUAUUACACAAAGCUCUCUUUGUUCCAGAAGAGGAUGCACAAAGCUUUGGUAAAAUACUUAGAACAACGCAACCUCUACAGCCUGGCUGAACUGGACCGGUGCCAGGCUCUUGCCCAAGAAACCGCCCAGAAAAUAAAAACAGCCCAGGAUGAGCUGUCAGAGGAGGUCCAGCUCCUCUCAGUAUUCCUAGAAUCCCUGGGUGAUGGUUCUACUACCACAGAUGAUACUGGAGAGAAAACACAGGCCUGUCCAGAUGUUACUGGAUUGAAAGGGUAGAAGCCUUCAGUUCAAACUGCAGUGUAAUUGGACAUUCACCUGAACCAGACAACUUACUUAUCCUAGCAUGCUUCACUAUCCCCCCUCUUUUUACUUGCAGCAAAUCCAUAACAAUGAAACAGGUGACUUUCAUGCUGCUGUCAGGACUGAUCUAAUUUUAGCUGGGUGAAUGAUUGCAAUUGGCUUUGCCUCAUCAGAUAAUUAAUCUAUGUCACCAUUAAUUGGAAAAGAGAAUAAUUACAGGCAGUGUUGACAGAAAUUCUACGCUUCUCCAGAUUCCAAGAUCUAAUUACAACUAGUGAAACCCCAUGACCUUAACUAGCACUUAGUACACCUUGGUCACUUUGACCAUGGCCAUGUGGAGAGCGGUGUUUUAGGAGAGAGCCCUGUUUUUGUUAUGGCACCCCUCACUCUUCCACCGUCUUCGCUCUCUGAAAGCUGUCUCCCUCAAUCACUUUUCAAUAUUCAAUCUUAAUUUUGUGGAAGUUUAGCAUUUUCAAUGAGCUGGAGAUGAAUGAUUAAUGAAUAAAUUUAAAUGCUUCAUUUUGUCCAUGGAUCAUUAGUUAAGUCCUUUGUGGGAAGGACCUGAGAAAGGAGUGAAAAUUAUUGAGACAUUAGCCUGGAGCAAUCCAGGGGUAAAUAGUGUGCACAAAAGGAUGUUGUGUGCGCACUAUCCACUGGUUUUCUAAAGAACCCUGGGGAAACUCUGUUUUCAAUUUAGAAUCUUAACCGAAUCACAUUUACUUCUUGUAGAAAAUUGAUUUUUUUUGUUGUUUCAUAGUAUUUAAACAGUGUCAUACCAAUGAUACAGAAUCCAUUGUCUGCUCCAUAUGGGCUUAAAAAUUACAUAAAGCAUCGAUGAUCAAAUAAUGCAAACAGUAGCACAUCUACUAUUUAUUAUACAUCUAAGUGUACAUAUACAAACAGUAUGUAAAUGUUGUAUUUUUAAUGAAAAAGUGCAUAUUUGUUUUUUGCAUUUUUAUUGGCACCACUAUUUAAUUAUUGUAAUGACAGAGUUUARUUCUGUUUGUCAUCCUCUGUUUUUAUCUGAGUCAAUAAAGAUGCUACUUCUUUG